UUUGCGUCUGUCAAUAGGUGUAGGAAGUUUGUGGGCUUAAAGGCAAACCUUCUCUGUUCUAUCUUCUCUGCACAUGCCUCCUUUUCAGUUUAUUAAUUGAAGCCUAAACGAGUUCUACACUCUAUCACUUGAGCGUAAAAUGCACUUAAAAAACUCAUGCGAGCUUAGGUGCAUUUUGUAUUUUUCCACAGUGAGUGAACCAGGGAAGAGACUUUUCUUUGUAAGCAAUCUCAUCUUCAAACGCUAGGAACAAGAUGUUUUGUUAGAUUGAAACUGGGGUGUUGUCAACGUUGCGUUGCAUAACAAAUUGAUGGUGUCUUUGUUGCUGGGAGUUACUUAAUCAGAAAGAUACGCAUCACUGGAAGCAGCUGGUUCUGAAUUAAUUCAUACAGCUCGAUCGGCUGGUAAGUUGCUCCAGCGAUGGAAGAAACUUGUGCUUGGCUGGUUUGGUCGAGCUCCUAAGGAGCUACAAGCACAAUUAUGGGUCAUCUUCAUGAAUUCGCUGGCUGCUAUUGAUGAACAUGGAUCAACAGGAAAAGAAAAAUGCAUCCUAAAAAACAGCGAAAAAUAGCAAAAUAUGAUGAGCCACGUGUAGUUGAGGACACCGAACUACACCAAGAUGUUGAUGGGUUAGCCACUGCAGAGCUACGAGGAGAAACUGAAAUAGAAGAACCUUCUAUUCCUGGGCAAAAGAAGACUCGGGGGCCUACAUCAAUGUGCAGACUUAUUGCUGCUGCAAGAUGGGGAAAAAAGUCGACGAUUGAAUAUGAUGACAUGGGACAACCUGUGUACAAUGAAAAUGUGAAGGCACUACAAUCUUUCAUAGGCUCUAUUGUUAGAUCCAUGGUGCCAAUUAACAUAAAGUCAUGGCCCACUAUUCCAGAGAACAUGAAACAGAAAGUGUGGGAAGAAAUAUCGAAUGUCUUCGACUUAGCACCUUAAAGCGAGGCGGCAGUGAUGAGUUCAGCAGGCCAGAAAUGGAGAGACUUCAAAAACAAACUCAACAGUAGGUUUGUCUGGCCAUAUAGAAAUAAUCCUGAAAAACUGAGGUCACCACUGGAGCAGUAUCAGAUCCCAUCUGCAAUUUGGAAAGCUUUUGUCGAUGAGAGGCUACAUCCAUCUUGGGAGGUCACUCAUGAAAAACAAAAGGAACGGACGAGCCAUUGCAAGUAUCAUCACAAAAUGUCUCGCAAGGGUUACAUUGGCUUGGAGACUGAAUUGAGGCAGAGAAAAAUAUUCAGGGAGGAUGAGGAAGUUGAUAGGUCAUUACUUUGGCGUAAGGCCCGUGAGGACAAAUUCGGAAACAUCACAAAUACAGAGACUGCUGAAGUUGCUGAAAAAAUUGACGAUUUGUUGGACAAGAAAAAGAGGGGAGAGUUCAUAUCUUCUGGAAGCAAUGACGUAUUAACUACUCAUUAGGGAGCCAAGAACAUUACGGAAGGGUUAGAGGUGUAGGGGGAUUUGUGAAGCCCCAAGUCUACUUCAAAAGUCCAAGGAAGAAGAGGGAGUUGGUGUUAAAGGCUUUGGCUGAAAACUUCAAAGAGCAAGCGGAGGAAACAAAGAGUUUGAAAGCUGAAGUUGAAAAACUCAAGGCACUUCUUGCUCGAUUUAUGCCAGAAACAAGUGAUCGAGUUUCUGAACGUGUAGCAUCUAACAAGUCAUCGCACAUGGCAGUUCAAAGAUUGGAAGAUGAUGUGGAAGUUUUUGAAUGUGGCAGUUCAUUCAAUGAGGUUUUAUAUUAUAUUUGGUACAUUAAAUUUGUUUCCUAGCUUUAGAUAUUAAAACAUAAUAUCUUAUUGUUCAGGGGAAAAAAAUGUCAUUUGGCUCUGAAGAAUAAGGGGAAUGUGGUGGCAUAUGGCAUGAUAGUAUCUGACGGAGACCCAAAUGUUAUGUUGCACAAUGCUCCACUUGGGGAAGGCAACUUAAAGGUGUCUGUUGAUGUUGUUUUACAGGAGGAAGCGGAGCUUCCAAUUCCACUUAAGUCGGGACCAACAGUAAUGGUAGAUACUGUUGGAACUGUGGUUGGCUGGCCAAAAGAAUUGGUGACAUUUCCAACGACAAAGGUAUUUUCAGUUCACUUUUCUAUUGCUAUAGUUAUAUAUUUUGCUACAAUUAUUUAAAAUUACAGAAAAAGGAGAAACCUGCACCACCAUUUGCUAUUUUGGAGGUUCCUGAUGAGAAAAAUAAAUUCAAGGAAGUUGAAAGUUCUCUACCAAUGCCAUGCAAGUUUUUGUAUUCUUAUGUUGUUAGGCUGAUGACUGAGUAGGAGACCAUUCCUAUCGAAUUUGAUGAAGCCAUGUUUGGACGUAAUGUGAGUACAUCGUUGUUGAGAGAGGAUGUCAUGCGCUGUAUGGAAAUGAGAGAGAUAGGGUCCAGGCAAAUUUUGGUUUACAUGGGUUACUUGUACAAGUACUUAAAGGAAACAAACAGGGCUGAGUAUGUGUCGUUUGUGGAUCCCAACAAAAUACCAGCCACUCAAGAUGGCAGUACCUCUUCACAACACAUUGCUAAUCAGUUGAAAGCAUCAAACGGAGACAGCAUAUGCCUUAUCCCAUACAACACUGGGUACCACUGGAUCUUGACCGUUAUAAACGAGGACAAAGAUACAAUUUAUUUGUUGGACUCAAUGGGUAAUAGGAACCGAGAUAACGCUUGGAAAACUACAGUGUGCAAUGGAGUGAGGACGUACCUUUGUAUGAGGGGUAAUCCAAAACGACCAACUUUCAAACAGUUGACGGGUAAUCUAAAACAACAAGGUUGUGUUGAAUGUGGAUAUUGUGUCAUGCAGUACAUGAAAGAGAUUGUUGAAUGUGAGGAUCUACAGUUGGAGAGGAAGUUUGCAGGUUGUGUGAAGAACCAGUACUAUACGCAGACAUAAUAUGAUGAAGUGAGAAUUGAAUGGAGUGAAUUUGUGUACUCGUUCUUGGAGUGAAUU